AUGGCGAUCAAAAAGGUCAUUGUAGUGGGGGCCGGCCCCUCGGGGCUAAUUCUCGGAAUUUUGCUAGCUAAGCAAGGCAUUGAGGUCGAGUUAUUCGAUGCUGGCGCCCAGCUAGACGAACAGCCCCGUGCAGCCCACUACGCGACCCCAGCGGCCUACGAACUGGCACGGGCGGGUGUCCUAGAAGACGUCAAAGCUCGAGGUCUUCACCCGAAGAACUUUGCCUGGAGGAAAAUCGAUACAACAUUUAUCGCUGGAGUUCAUCACGAUUCUUUACCGGAGGACUAUCCUUACAAAAUGGUUGUACUUCCUCUCGACCGAUUGGGCAAACUCUUGUACGAGCAUAUCCAGCGUCAACCCACAGCACAGGUCAAAUGGUCGCAUCGCGUGGUGAAAAUCGGUCAGGAACAGGGCAAGGCUUGGGUCGAUGUGGAGACCCAGACUGGUUUGAAAAGAUCUGAGGCGGACUAUGUCAUUGGAUGUGAUGGAGCAAGCAGCACGGUGCGGCGUGAGCUGUUUGGCCCUGAGUAUCCCGGUGAAACUCUGAAUGCACAAAUUAUCGCUACAAAUGUAUAUUACGACUUCGACCGCUACGGAUAUUGGGACAGUAACUUUAUUGUGCACCCGAAAAAUUACUAUAUGGCAGCGAAGAUAACUACGGAUGGACUCUACCGAGUCACAUACGGAGACACCCCGGGCCUGAGCAGAGAGGAAUACAUCGCGCGACAGCCUCAGCGAUACGAGGAGAUUCUGCCGGGAAAUCCGAAGCCUGGCGAAUAUCGCAUCACGAACAUCAGCCCUUACAAGUUGCAGCAGCGAUGUGCUCCGUCUUUCCGGGUCGGGAGAAUUCUCCUUGCAGCCGAUGCAGCGCAUCUCUGUAACCCCUUUGGCGGCCUAGGCUUAACGGGUGGAAUUGUCGACGUGGGUAAUCUUUUCGAUGCAUUGAUUGGUAUCCACAGAGGACUUGCAGACGAAAGCAUCCUUGAUAAGUAUAGUGAAGUCCGCAAACGUAUCUGGGAAGAGACGAUCGAUCCUAUGUCGCGAGAAAAUUUCCGACGGUUGUAUGACCAGGAUCCCAACAAAGCUCGCCAGAAUGAUGAGUUCUUUAAACUGUGUAUUCAAGCAGAAAAUGAUAAUAAGCUCUCACAGGAGCUAGCCUUGGGGUUGGAUGUUUUGAAGCACGACAUGACACAGUAUUAUAACAAGCCCAAAGGCAAAGUCGACAUUCCUGGAUCCCAU